GGCAUCUUGGUUGGCAUGAAUGAGUUGGGCCAAAGGGUCUGUUUCUGUGCUGUGUGAUUAAGUGACUUGAUCUGCAGUCCCUUGUCGCCACUGUACUGUGAGAUACUGUUAUGGUCUUCUUACAACAAAUAUAUGCAUAUUGUCUUUCACUUGGUCACAUUACAAAGUACUUAUUUUAUUUUUAAGUGUUUAUCUCCUUUUCAUAAGUUAGGGGACUUGGACCAUCAAGUCUACUCUGCCAUUCAAUUAUGGCUGAUUUAUCGUUCCCUCUUAACCCCAUUCUCCUGCCUUCUGCCCAUAAUCCCUGACUCCCGUACCAAUCAAGAAUCCUAUCUAUGCAUCCGAUUUGGGAUUAGAAAAGACACUUUUGAAGAUUCUUAAUUAUAUAAAAGUUGACAAUGUUACAAACAAUUAUAGAAGCAGUUGACAGACUGGUGAAAGAGACAUAUCAGAUACAUCUCAAUAUUAAGUGAGGUGAACUUAAGGGGAAAUAUAAAGAGUCAAUAUAAUAUAAACUACAUUACAGGGGAUGCAACAGCAGAAAGAAGUUUCAGGAAUUAGAAGAUGACUGGAGUUAUUUGCUGUCGAACUGAAAGAAGAUCUGUGCCUCAAUUUGAUUUGGAUUUUGGACCAGAAAAAUGGCAGCAUCUGACCUCCAAAUGGUUGCACACUUUGCCCUCCUGUCCCGAAUUCUGGCCGUCUUUUUCCAGAUGGUGUUUAAUUCCCUGAUUCCGGACCACAAUGCCGAUGCAUUCCGUAUGCCCCAAUUACACAGCCCAAGCAAUGGUGAUGUGUUGCUGGACAUUCUGUUCGGUGGCUUCUCUCGUUGGGAUGCACAGCAUUUCCUGUUUAUAGCAGAAUUUGGGUACAUCUACGAGCAAAACUUUGCUUUCCUCCCACUGUUUCCUGUGAUCCUGCGGGCACUGGCCGAGACUCUCCUUGGCCCCCUGCAACCGUGGCUAGGUCUUCACAGUCGGCUGCUGCUCGCCUCGACGCUUCUGAACACCGUCAUCUUUGUCCUCUCUGCCGUCGUUCUCUACCAGCUAAGUGUCGCUGUGCUUCGGGAUCGCAGGCUGGCUGCUCUUUCCAGCCUCCUCUUCUGUCUAAACCCCGCCAGCGUCUUUAUGUCAGCCGCCUAUUCUGAAAGCAUCUUCAUGCUGCUGUCCUUCAGUGGAAUGCUGCACCUUGAGAAGGCACGGCCUCUGACCAGCUGCGCUCUGUUUGCCUUGUCUACAGCAGCUCGAUCCAAUGGGAUUAUAAAUGCAGGAUUUCUGUUUCACUCGCAGCUAAAGCAAUGCAUUUUGUACUUGAGACCUGAGCUGAAGUUCACAGGAAAGGACUGGCACAAGUUGUGUUGGCAUCUCAUCCUCCGAUCUGCACUGCUGGUAACUGUGGGAUCAGUGGUGAUCGUUUUGCCCUUUGCACUCUUUCAAUAUUACGGAUACCUGACAUUUUGUAGAUCAGCUGUAAAUCCAGCUUUAACCAUCCCUCCACAUCUGCUGCAGUUGGCCAGGGAGAAGGGCUAUCGUCUACCAGGCAAGGACAGUGCUGUGCCCAGCUGGUGCCAUCACCGAUACCCCAUAAUUUACUCCUACAUUCAGGAUACCUACUGGAAUGUGGGCUUCAUGAGAUAUUACCAGCUCAAACAGUUACCCAAUUUCCUGCUGGCAUUCCCGAUUAUAGCUUUGGGUAUAUGGGCAGCCAAGCAGUAUGUGCUAAGUGAUCCGUGGUAUUGCAUACACCUGGGCCUGCUCCACAAAAAACUGAAGGGAGAGAGAGAAGGGGAUGGGAAACCGUCGUCUGGCUUCUCCAGUCAUCGUGUGUUUGCCUAUGUUGUUCAUGCAACAGCACUGCUGGCAUUUGGUGUUUGCUUCAUGCACAUCCAGGUUAUAACCAGGUUCCUGGCUUCCUCCUCUCCAGUCUUAUACUGGUUCUCAGCCCACCUGCUCCAGGAUAAAGAGCCCGGACAUUUGGCACAGGACUCUGCUACCUCCUCAUACCCAUACACAUUUAGCAUAAUUCCCAGAAACCCUCUCACUGCUCUCCUGCAGGACUGGCGAAGGUGCAGCCUGACUGCACGAUGUGUUCUUGGAUAUUUCCUACUGUACUGGUUCCUUGGACUUGCUCUGCAUUGUAAUUUUCUCCCGUGGACCUGAUCAAUAUCCUGCCACACAUCCAACACUGAUAUUCACUGACUGCAGUGACCGCCUCCCUUUGAUAGAUAGCAGCACCAUUGAAUUCUUGGGUUGUCUAUUCACUGGAAUCUUAACAAGAUUGGCCACAAAUACCUUCACUGCUAGAGGUCAGAGACUGAGUACCUUGUGCAGAAUUGGCCACUUGCUGACUCAUCCCUGACUUCCCCAUAGAUACCAAGCACGGAGUGAAGAAAUGCUUUCCUUGUUUGGGUGAAUGCAUCUCCAAUAACAUUCAAAGUCAAUGCCAUCUCAGACAGUAACCUACAUAAUCAGCACUCUAACCAGCAAUGUCACCAUUCACCACCUUCAGCACUGGUGAAAUGUGGCCAUAGCAUGCUUGAAUUGCUAAAUGCACUUUUCUCAUUUGUUUCCCUUCCCUGCUGGCCUUGAAUUGAAGGCAGUUAAGAAUCAACCGCACUGUGGUGGAUUUGGCUAAAUUGGCUACAUUUCAUAUUUCCUUCACUCCAUAGAUGCUGCCUCACCCUCUGAGUUUCUCCAGCAUUUUUGUCUACCUUCGAUUUUCCAGCAUCUGCAGUUUCUUCUUAAAUAGUUAAAUCCAGGAAUUAUUUUGUAUCUUCAUUACAUCUCUGUCAUCAGCUACUUGUAGUAUUGAUGAAUAAAUUUGUUGAAAUGCAUCAGAAUAAACUUGCCAUUGGAAUCU